UAGCAAAGGGACAUUGCACUGUGAGUGGCUGAAUGCUUUCUUACCAAGCCUCCUGAUUGACUUCUCACCUGCCUUUUAAUUUCACGUCGAUCUAAGGGUGAUGCUCCAUUGGUUAACUCUGUUUCUGUGUGCCAAAGUUAUCACAUCAGAAGCAUCAGAAUGCCAUAAUUUUACUAAACUUCCGAUUACCGAUACCAUCAUUGGGACGGACCUGGUGGUGAGACUACUCCUGUACACGGUCAGGAAUUCAAAAUGUGCCAGCUUGAUCAAUGCCACCCAUAUCAGCCCGCUCGACGUCAGGAAGAAGACGAUCUUCUUUAUCCAUGGCUACCGGCCAUUUGGGUCACCCCCAAACUGGUUGACGAAGGUGAUAGAGACACUGUUGAGGGUGGAUGACAUAAACCUCAUCAUCGUUGACUGGAACAGGGGAGCAACAACUAUCAAUUAUUCAGCCGCUGUCGCUAACACCAAGAGGGUUGCUGAAAUUUUGAAACCUGUGAUUAACUAUAUGCUAAGUAACGGAGGCUCCCUCAGAUUGAUUCAUCUGAUUGGUGUGAGUCUGGGUGCUCAUAUAGCCGGCUUCGUCGGAAGCAAGUUUGAUGGAAAGAUUGGAUGGAUAACUGGUCUGGAUCCUGCCGGGCCCUUAUUCACGGGGAAGGGAGUGAACGACAGGCUGGAUCCCUCUGAUGCGCAGCUGGUUGAUGUCCUGCACACAGACAUUGACGCUCUUGGCUAUCGAGAAUUUUUGGGGCACAUAGAUUAUUACGCUAACGGAGGCACCGACCAGCCAGGCUGCCCUGCGACCAUACUGAGCGGAAAGAAGUAUAUGGUGUGUGACCAUCAGAGGUCGGUCUAUCUAUAUAUAAACUCCAUGACCUCGCCUUGCAACAUCACCAUAUAUCCUUGUGAGUCGUACGCAGAAUUCCUGGAUGCCCAGUGCACACAGUAUGACAGCACCUAUCCGAUAUUCGGCUAUCACCUCGACAAGUGGAAAACCAGCAGCAGUGUCAUGAAGUUUCCAAAUAAAGUGUUCUUUCAAACCUCCCCUCAAGAACCUUUCUGUAUGUACUAUUACCUUUUGGACAUCAUCCCUUGGAACAAAAAUGCUCGAAAAGGCUACAUUACGAUUGGACUAGAAGGAGAAAAUGGAAUUGUGGUCAAAUCAAAAGACAAUCAUUCUGCAAAAACCUUUGAACGGUUUAAGGAGGUUACUCUCCUCGUGAGUGUUGACAGAGACCUGGAGGAUAUCACUAGCAUUUCGCUCAAGUAUAGCUCAGCCAUUGUGGUGGAAGCACAAACUGACGCUGGAAUCCUCCGUCUGAGGCUGAGGUCGCUGAGCUAUCCCGACAGGCCUCACCUGUGCAGGUACGACGUGGCUCUCGAGAGGGACGAGGAGGUGAAGUUCCAGCCUUUCGAAUGUCAGGUGCAGGAGACAUAGGGAGCAAAUCCCUCCCCACUGCUCUGGUGCCAGAAGUAUACUUGAUGCAUAAAACUUG